AUGGGGAGCUACAUGCAGCUGGCGGCCGUAGGAAACGGAUCUCUGGUCUUCUCUGCCCUUGCCCCCUCCGAGGCCCAGCACCCCGCCCUGAGGGUGGAUGCGAGGCUGAGUCUUGGCUGGGCCCCGCGGGGCCGUGGGAGGCGGGCCCACGUCUGCUCUGAGACGUGUCAGCUGGGCCUGGUCACACUCUCCGCAGCUCAUCCCAGAGGCGCUGGGGUCAUAGCAGGACACGAGACAGUCAGAGGUCUCUGCCCCCACGGAGUUCACACUUUGGUGGGGAGGCGGGCGCCACGGAGGGUUCCGAGCAGAGGCGGGACGCAGUCUGACUUGCGUUUUCACAGGACCUGCAGAGGCCGGGACAAAAGCAGGAAGAACAGGGGAGGUCCGGCAGCGGUCAGUCCUCUGUUUGCGGAUCAUGCUCCCCCCUUGCUCUACAGCUGUCGUGGCUCCCCAUUGCCCCUGGAGAGAGCCGGAGCUCCUCAGCCCGGCGUUCAAGGCUCCCGCUACGCGGGCUGGCCUCCUCCCUCCAGCCCCCCUCUCUCCCCCGCAGCCUCGCUGGACAUGCGUCCUCCUCUGUUCCAUGAGCUGUGCCUCCUUCUCCCGCUUUGGUCCCUCAGCCAGGAACACUCUUCCUGUCCUCGCUUUGUGAGGCAGCUCACGGGUGGCUCGGUCCCACCAACUCCUGCUAACUCUCAGCUGGGGUUUAGGAAGGCAAGAGGGGGAGAGGAAGUCCUCGCCCCAAGGGGCGGGGUGGGCUGGGGGGCGCAGACCUUGUCUCCCUCCUUCUCACAUACACCCCAGAGCUCUGCCAGCUAAGAGCAGGUUUGGGAGGUAAAAGUGGAGCUGGAGCCGGCUGUGUGACCUUGAACAAGUCACGCACCGUCUCUGGGCUUUGCUGUCUCUGCCUGGUACAAUGGGGAAAAUAAUGAACUUCCUCAUAGGUGGUUGGACAGCGGCGGCUGUGAGCUCGGGGGCUGCUACCACUGUGGGCGGGAUGGCAUUCUGGGAGAAGAUGCGAGCACACGUCUCUUUCCAGCUGGGCCAGGCCCAUACCGGCGGCCCCGAGCUGACGCCAGGGCUAUCUUGGGGGACAGAUCCCUUGGCAGCCCCAGGGUUCUUCAGCUUGGUUGUCCUUGAGUUACCCAAGCAGCCACUGUGUGUCUAGCCCCAGUUCUGAGUAGGGACUAAGGGUCUUCCCAGGUGGCGUCAAUGGUAAAGAACCCAUCUGCCAAUGCCGGAGAUAUAA